AAUAUCAUGUUUUCUUUUGUACAGCGAAAAUGGUGGAGCUUGAAAAUGAAGAGGACCCCUUGGUCCACGACCAAGCCAUGCUGGAUGACGACGAUACUGACGAUGACUAUGUGGAAUCAGAGGAUGAUGAUUCAGAGGAGGAAUUGCAGGCUGAACCUUCAAAGAAGGCCGUGUACAACAAAGAGGGGCUCCUUGAGAAGCUCGAGGACAUCGCCUGGCCAGAGAAUGUGGACUGGAUGCACAAGCUCACUGUCGACCAUGACCAGGGGGAGAAGGUCGAUGUGAACGAUGAUCUUACCCGUGAGCUCGCUUUCUACACCCAGGCUUUGGAUGGCACGAGGCAGGCCUUCGAAAAGUUGCAGUCCAGGAAGGUCCGGUUCCUCAGGCCGGCAGAUUACUACGCGGAGAUGGUCAAGACUGAUACUCACAUGCACAAGAUCAAGGGGAAGCUCCUGUUUGAGAAGAAGAAGAUUGAGGAGGCUGAGGAGAGGAAGAAGGCGCGGGAGUCGAAGAAGAGAUCAAAGGAGGUGCAGGCAGAGAAGCUCAAGGAGAGGGCCAAGGAGAAGAAGGAGAGCAUUGAGUCGGUCAAGAAGUGGAGGAAGCAGAGGCAACAGGGGGGAUUUUCCAAGGGGAAGGAGGACGGGCCAAACCUCAACUUUGAAGUUGAAGAAGGACUCAAGCAACACAAGAAGCAGAGGCCUGGCGUUUCUCCUGGUGACAGGUCUGGUGGUCUUGCUAAGCGAGGCAAACAAGGAAAGAACCAUAGGUCAAAGGAUUCCAAGUUUGGGCAUGGCGGCCGCAAAGGGAUGAAGAAGCAAAACACUGCUGAGACGACGAAUGACUUCAGAGGGUUUAACAACCAGAAGGGCGAGUCAGGAAACAAGAAGAGGAAGAUGUUUUGAUACGGUGUUGUAAGAGUCUGUCCCUGCUUCCUUGUGAUGCUAUUAUAUUCUUGUCUUUAUGUUAUUCCGCUGCAGUACUCUAUCACUAGAUGCAAAAGUUAGCUUGAGGUAUGGAAUUUGGGGAUGCAGCUCAAACACAAGACUUUUAUCUUUAGCUGUGCUAUUCUCCAUAAGAUGUGGUACCGUAUGCAUUUAACCUGUGAUUGCCCUUUUGGUCGUGGAAUGCAGUUGAAUCUUGCUAUAUAUGCAAUUAUGUUAAACAGUGUAUUACAGUUUA